CCCUGAGCCCCGGGUAACCCAUGAGGCUAGAGGCCGCAGCCAGGAUGGAUCUGUUCAGGAAGCUGUGGAAGGCGAGGAAGCUGAUCGUUGUGGUGUUCAUCCCGCUGUCCCUGCUUCCCUUACCGCUCAUCCACCCCACCAGCGAGGCAUGCUGUGCGUACGUGCUGAUGGUGACAGCAGUCUACUGGGUUUCUGAGGCGGUUCCCCUGGGUGCUGCUGCUCUGGUACCCGCCUUCCUCUAUCCGCUGUUUGGGGUACUUAAGUCCAGCGAGGUGGCAGCAGAGUAUUGUAAGGACACCACUUUGCUGCUAAUGGGGGUCAUCUGCCUGGCAGCCUCCAUAGAGAAGUGGAACCUGCACAAACGCAUCGCUCUGCGCAUGGUGAUGAUCGCAGGGGCCAAGCCCGGCAUGUUGGUGCUGGGCUUUAUGUGCUGCACAGUGUUUCUGUCCAUGUGGCUCAGCAACACGUCCACCACAGCCAUGGUGAUGCCCAUAGCCGAGGCCGUCCUGCAGCAGCUGAUCUGCACCGGCCUGGCCGACAGCCACAACGACUCAGAAACCGCAGAGGCCCCCGAGGAUGACGGCGCUGUUACAGAUAAAGAAGACAAUCUGGACAAAAACCAGUUAGAGCUGCUCUAUCGCAACGACAGUGACUGCAGUAAACAGGAGCUCUCUACACUAAGUGAGGUCCAGACUGAGGAGGUCAAUGGUUUGGGUCUAAGGGCAAUGUCUAACCAGUACCUCAGACACACCAAUGGACACCUGCCUCAGGUUGCCAUCGAAAUCCCAAACGUGAAGCGGGUGAGGGCCAGGAGAGACUCCCAGUAUCCCACCAAGAGGGAUCACAUGAUCUGUAAAUGCCUGUCACUCAGCAUCACCUACGCUGCCACGAUCGGCGGCCUCAUCACCAUCACCGGCACGUCAACCAACCUCAUCUUUGCAGAGCAGUUUAACACUGACUUUGAUGGUGUGUCUUCAAAGGACGAUGACCCACUGGCUCCCAUGAUCACCUGGAAGGACUUCCAGAGACUGAUGCCGUGGGAGAUCGUCAUCCUGGUGGGAGGAGGCUAUGCACUGGCUGCCGGUUGCAAGGUGUCAGGCCUGUCAGUGUGGAUCGGCAGACAGCUGGAGCCCAUGAGUGGUCUUCCUCCCUGGGCCGUCACCCUGCUGGCCUGUCUGCUGGUGUCGGCGGUCACUGAGUUCGCCUCCAACCCGGCAACUCUCACCGUCUUCCUGCCCAUUCUGUCAGCGCUGUCAGAGACUCUGCUCAUCAACCCCCUCCACACUUUGAUCCCGUCCACCAUGUGCGUGUCAUUCGGGGUUAUGCUUCCAGUGGGGAACCCCCCCAACGCCAUAGUCUUCAGUUACGGCCACGUGAAGAUCAGCGACAUGGUCAAAGCCGGCUUCGGGGUCAACCUGAUCGGCGUGGCGGUAGUGAUGCUGGCCAUCACCACGUGGGGGGUUCCCCUCUUCAACCUGACUGAGUUCCCAACCUGGGCAGUGGCCAGGAACGUCACUGGGAGCUUAUAACCACCACUGGGUUGCAGCUGGUAGGAAGGAAAGAGAUGGGUCUGUGUUUCUGUGAGGAAAGACGACAUGGAAAUGUGUAAAGACGACGGUCUUGCUCAGAGUAAAGCCCUCUCUUAGACUGAUUAAACUGGACUUGAAGGAGGAAGAAGGAUGGAGGGAAGGAGGAGAAGAAGACAAGAGCGAAAAAACAUUACCUGUUGCUUAGCUACAAUAAUUUGAAGUGUAUACUUUUUGGCCAUAAGGGGGCGUUACGAGGAAUUUAGAAUGCCUUUGUCAAAGUGGCCAGUGUAAGCACUGACCUCCAGCAAGAACCUUUUUUGUUUUACCUCCGUUAACGAAGUUUGACGGAGAUUCUGUUUUUACCGAAAUCACUGAAGAUAUUACUAAAAAGCUACAAACAUAUUUGGUGAUUAAGAACUGAUAUUUUGAUUUAUAAUAGAAACAAUGAUAAGUUAGGUUUUUAGAAGCUGCCUGGUGUUCUCAGAGCCACACCAUGCAUGUGGAUUAUUUUGCAUUUAGAUAGAAAUAAGCUAUAUGGUCACUGUAGAUAAGCCUCUUUUUACUGCAUGCUUGCUGAACUUCUGCUGCACUUAAAUGUAUGCAGCCAGAUCACAUACAUUUACGAUCACACAUUUAGUUUCGAUGUAUCACUUUGGCUACACUGUCCAGUGUAAAAGAAAGAGCCGACUGCUGUAGUAAAGCUGCAGUAGGUAACUUUUAUAAAAAUAACUUUUUGUAACAUUUGCUGAAGCUUUCACUAUAUCCUGACAAUAGAACACGAGACAGAUAAUCUGGGAAAAAUUAGGUUCCUCUGGUUCGUCCUUGUGCUCCUAAUAGAAUUUGUAAGAAUCAACUGGGCCUGAACAAAACAACCAAUCAGAGCCAAGAAAGAUAUAAAGACGCUUUGCAUUGGAGGCCAAGAAAGAUAGUUGAUUGUUGAGUCUAAUUCCCAGGGUCCCAUAGCGUCUCUAUUAUUUUUAUAGUUUCCUGCUGCAGCUUCAAAACAAGAUAAAUGCAUGAAAAGAGGCUUCUACUAUGGCUGAUAAUGUACUGUAUACAUAAGAGUCUACAUGAUCUGUUUCUCAACAUAUAAAAGCUUGUGUAUAUUUAGCAACACAUUGAAAGCAUAUACACAGGCAUAGCUGCUACCUGCAUUGCUUUACAAAUCUAGGACUGAUGUCUCUACCAAAGUUUCUGAAGUUUAUUUUGCGAGCCAUCAUACUGUGAACAUUUUGCCUUUUGUUUACUCAAAGCGCCUUGCAGUAGCACAAGUGCCUUCACCAUAUUGCCUGUCAUACUACACUUUAACAUCAUGUCUCCAGUGUUAAUGCCUUGCUGUGAUCUCAGUGCAGCGCAGGAUGGAAAGCAGUAGUGUAAUUUGCUUUUUUACUUUGCUUUUUUCGCAGCCAUGUUCUCAAAGUAAAUUAAGUAUAUUAAGAAUGUAAACUGUACUAUAUUUAAUAUGUUACUAGCUGAUGUUGUCACUUUUGCCAAUAUGAUCUUAAACCUUAAAAAUUUGAUCAGUGUAAAGUCAGCAGGUACACUCAAACAAAUCUUUAUCAAGCAUCAAUAGCUACAGUAAUGAUCAAGAUACAUAUAUAUUUGUAUGAAACCUGUUAGAUCAGCAUGUUAAGCAACAGGAUGGCCAUGUUUGGUCUUUAUUUCCUCCUGGCAUGUGGACGCAGAAGGAUUUGGGAGGCUGCAGAAUCACAGCCUUUAAGGAGGAGAGACAGUGAGGUAGCACAGGGUUGUAUGGUUCAGUAGUUCGUUCAAUCAACUUGUCAAAUCAUAUUAACUGUUGUCUGGUGGUGAAAAAGUUUGCACGUAACAUUCACUGUACUGUGCAAAAAUAUAAAAAGAUAUGCUUUAUAUUUUUACACAAAUUUUAAAUGUAAUUUGUGGCUUUUUUUAUAUCAUUCCAUUAUAGGUUCUAGUGUAGGCAGAAUCAAAAGCCUACACUGUUCUUUUGUAAUUUAUUCAGUUAUACUGAAGGUUUCUUACAUCUUGAUGGUGUUACAGCAGUGACCUUUGAACCAGGGGCCACACUCCUUUGUAAAUACAUACAGAUUUGUAAUAUAAAGAUAAUGUGCCUUUGCCUUUUUUUCCAAAUGAGAUGUAAUAUUCCUAAAUUAUGUGUUAUAUCAUAUAUAUAUAAUAGAUGUUUCAUUCAUAUCCAACUCGGACAAAAACUAGAGUUAGGAUGAUACAACGUUACACAUGCACAGCAAUAAAACAACUAAAACCACUGAUUG